AGGGCGGAGGAGGAGGAGGAGGAAAACGGAGUAUUAGAAAGUAGUGGAAAAGGAGGGGCGGACUGGGGGACUCCCUGACCGACCCAGCUCUCUGACCUGCCCAUUCUCCCCGGAUCCCGUCAGCGCAGCUAUAUGACCGAGAAAGCAGAAGUUGCUUAAAGUUUCGCUAACAGCUUUCAGUCUCAGCAUGGCCGGAGGCUCGGUGUCAGAGUGCAAGGAGUAUCUCUUCAAAGUGCUGGUCAUCGGGGAAUUAGGAGUGGGGAAGACCAGCAUCAUCAAACGCUACGUCCACCAGCUUUUCUCCCAGCACUACAGGGCGACGAUCGGGGUCGACUUCGCUCUGAAAGUCAUCAACUGGGACAGCAAAACGCUGGUCCGUCUCCAGCUCUGGGACAUAGCAGGGCAGGAGCGAUUUGGAAACAUGACGCGGGUGUACUACAAGGAAGCUGUCGGGGCAUUUGUUGUGUUUGACGUGACGAGGGGCGCCACGUUUGAAGCCGUGUCUAAAUGGAAGCAUGACCUGGACAGCAAAGUGAAGUUGGCUAAUGGCAAUCCCAUCCCCGCAGUCCUCCUCGCCAAUAAAUGUGACCAGAAGAAAGACAGUGUCAACAAUUCAACACUAAUGGACAAUUUCUGCAAAGAGACAGGCUUCCUGGGCUGGUUUGAGACAUCAGCUAAGGACAACAUCAACGUAGACGAGGCGGCUCGUUUCUUGGUAGAGAACAUCCUGGCAAAUGAUAAAGGUUUGCCGAAUGAGGAGAGCAACGGAGACCGGAUCAAACUGGACCAGGAGACUGUAGCUGCUGAGAGCAAGUCAGGCUGCUGCUAACACUCAAUCCACUCACAUUAGCCAUCCGCCUCCCUCUGGUGGGGUCCAGUGAGUUCACCCAGCCUGUGGCUCCAGCUCCCUGAUGCAACCUUGGAGACAAAUGUGAUUUUUUUUUUGUCUCUUCAAAGCUUCAGGAACUUCUUACACUGAUGCCCAUUUGACCUGUGCAUCCAAGAUUCUCGUAACUCACUUUUAUUUUCGAUCUUGCCUCAAAGGUUUUCUACUGCAUUUACUUUGCUUUUUUUUGUUGUUCUUUUAAAAAUGCUUACAGUAUGUACAGCUGAUUUUCAAACUGUUGCCCUGACAACCUCUUACGUCUUGGACUAAUACCACACAAGGAACAGGGUGGGGCUUGUGGUGCAUUCACUGCAGAAAGUUGAGGAGCACAAUUUGAGGAGUUGAGGAGAAACAAUUUUUGACCCUGUGAUUGUCACUUUAGUAUGUUCUUAAUCAAUAUCAGUCCAUGUAUGUCUUAUUUUAUCACCUCACAUUUUCUGUGAAAGAAAAAGAAAAAAAAAUAAAGAUGCUGAAGCUUUUCUUCAGUGCCUGUAGAUGGACAUUGCAUUUUAUUGCACACAGAGUGAAUUUUACCUGCUUUCUUCAUUAUUAGAGUCGUUCUGUAAAAUUUGAAAAUUGCUAUUUGGCUUUUAUUGCUGUCAAGCUGUAUUGCAUUUGUCCAUUUAUCUCUGAUUAAGUAUUGUGCCAUAACAUUGUUAUUAUUUUAACAACGGCAUGGGUAACAAUUUGUAUUCUUCACAUAGUACAAUCAAAAUUACGCUGCAGUAUUUCACUAAAACGCAAACAAAAAAAAGAACAAAGCUAUAUUGAUGGUUUUGCAUGACUACAGAAGCAAUUGCAGACCUUUGCUUAGCUAUGUUUCUGCUAGUGCGGCUGUGUAAAUUCCUGUGCUUUUAAAAUGUUUUGUGUCGAAUGUUGCAUAACUGACUGUGCAGCAAAACCAGUCUCUGACAGAGGUCUCCAGGCUUUUGUACAUGGCAAUUUGUUGAAGUGUUGAUUAAAUGUAAAUAUUGUUUCAAACAUGUUUACAGGUGAAAAUACUUUAAAUAUGCAAAACCAAAAUAGAAUAAACAUUUUAUCAGA